GCUGCGCUCUCGGAGCCGCCAGCCUCAGGGACGGAGGAAGGGCGCCGGGGGGCCCAUGUGCGGGAGGGCCGUCCGCGCUCCACUCCCUCGCGCGGGCUCCGGUGGCGGUGGGUCGCCGGCGUCCCCGGGCCGCGCCGCGCCCCGUCGGCCAUUGUCCCGAAGCUGGACCCGGGAUUUCUUCUCCGCCGGGAGCGCUCGGAGCCGCAGCGUCUGCAAUGAACCCGGUGAAUGCCACUGCUCUCUACAUUUCCGCGAGCCGCCUCGUGCUCAACUACGACCCCGGGGACCCCAACGCCUUCACCGAGAUUAACCGGCUCCUGCCUUACUUCCGACAGUCCCUCUCGUGCUGCGUCUGCGGACACCUGCUACAAGACCCUAUUGCACCUACCAACUCUACCUGCCAACACUAUGUCUGCAAAACCUGUAAAGGAAAGAAAAUGAUGAUGAAACCUUCGUGCAGCUGGUGCAAAGACUAUGAGCAAUUUGAGGAAAACAAGCAGUUAAGCAUCCUUGUGAACUGCUACAAAAAACUGUGUGAAUACAUAACACAGACCACACUGGCACGCGAUAUAAUUGAAGCAGUUGACUGCUCUUCUGAUGUUUUGGCUUUGCUCAAUGAUGGAUCAUUGUUCUGUGAGGAGACAGAAAAACCCUCAGAUUCAUCUUUUACUUUGUGUUUGACACAUUCCCCUUUACCUUCAACCUCAGAAGUCACGACUAAUCCUCAAGCUAGUUUAUCUCCAAUGUCUGAAAGUACCCUCAGCAUUGCUAUCGGCAGUUCUGUUAUCAAUGGUUUGCCUACUUACAAUGGGCUCUCGAUAGACCGGUUUGGUAUAAAUAUCCCCUCACCUGAACACUCAAAUACUAUUGAUGUGUGUAAUACCGUUGACAUAAAAACGGAGGACCUGUCUGACAGCCUGCCACCUGUGUGUGACACAGUAGCCACGGAUCUAUGCUCCACCGGCAUUGAUAUCUGCAGUUUCAGUGAAGACAUCAAACCCGGUGACUCCCUCUUACUGAGUGUGGAGGAAGUACUCCGCAGCUUAGAAACUGUUUCAAAUACAGAGGUUUGUUGUCCUAAUUUGCAGCCAAACUUGGAAGCCACUGUAUCCAAUGGACCUUUUUUGCAGCUUUCUUCCCAGUCUCUUAGCCAUAAUGUUUUUAUGUCCACCAGUCCGGCACUUCAUGGGUUAUCAUGUACAGCAGCAACUCCCAAGGUAGCAAAAUUAAAUAGGAAACGGUCCAGGUCGGAAAGCGACAGUGAAAAAGUUCAGCCACUUCCAAUUUCUACCAUUAUCCGAGGCCCAACGCUGGGGGCAUCUGCUCCUGUGACAGUGAAGAGAGAGAGCAAAAUCUCUCUCCAACCCAUAGCAACUGUUCCCAAUGGAGGCACCACACCCAAAAUCAGCAAAACUGUCCUUUUAUCUACUAAAAGCAUGAAGAAGAGUCAUGAACAUGGAUCCAAGAAGUCUCACUCUAAAACCAAGCCGGGUAUUCUAAAGAAAGACAAAGCUGUCAAGGAAAAGCUUCCUAGUCAUCACUUUAUGCCAGGAAGUCCCACCAAGACUGUGUACAAAAAGCCCCAGGAGAAGAAAGGGUGUAAAUGUGGACGUGCUACUCAGAACCCAAGUGUUCUUACAUGCCGUGGCCAGCGCUGCCCUUGCUACUCUAACCGGAAAGCCUGCUUAGAUUGUAUAUGUCGAGGCUGCCAAAACUCCUAUAUGGCCAAUGGGGAGAAGAAGCUGGAGGCAUUUGCUGUGCCAGAAAAGGCCUUGGAGCAGACCAGGCUCACUUUGGGCAUUAAUGUGACUAGCAUUGCUGUGCGUAACGCUAGUACCAGCACCAGUGUAAUUAAUGUCACAGGGUCCCCAGUAACGACGUUUUUAGCUGCCAGUACGCAUGAUGAUAAAAGUUUGGAUGAAGCUAUAGACAUGAGAUUCGACUGUUAAAUCAGUGGGUCUUCAAACCUACCUCUGGUAGGGAAAUAGCUACAGUUAUACGGCAGCUAUGGUUCUGUUGGUUUAACUUGCCAGAGCUCCUGCAUAUAGAUCACUUGUAUCAAGUGUUUUCAUUGAUAAGUUAUAUGUGUUAGUGUCGGGGAGAUCGUUUUCAGAUAAUGGAGGAGUAACCCUACAACUGGUAUGUUCUUAGUUCUUACAGAACCUCAUAGUUCAAGAACAAAUGCUGAUGCAACUGAUUUACACAGAAUGAACUUUGGCAAGGAGAGUAACAUUAACCUCAUUGUUUCUGGCCAUGCUUUGUGCAUAAUCAAAGUUGAUGAUUAAAUGUAAGGAAGUGGUAUCGAGUCAGUCCAUAUAGAUUGUGAGACUCUUUUUGUGAAAAAGUAGCCACUAGUUUAUCCCGAAGACUCAAGUGUAGCUCUCACGCCACACUGACGUUUCUUCUGUUGAAACGCUGAUGUGCCCAGUUCAACUUUUGUGCUGACUAUUUAAUACCAUUUCUAAGAUCAUGAAAAUUAGCUACUGGUAUGUAGCAGUUCUUAAAUCAGCAGUAUUAUGGAAGAAAAUUUCCCCCUCAUUAGAAUGUUUAAGAAAUCUGUCUUUU